AUGGAUGGUACCCACAUCUCAGCUUGUCCUCCGACAGGCGAGCAAAUGGCAUAUACAAAUCGGCACGAGUUUCAAUCACAGAAUGUUCUGACAAUGUGUGACCAUGACAUGCGCUUCAUCUAUGUGUAUGCUAGAUGGGAGGGUGGUGCACAUGAUGCGCGAGUUUUGGAAUCAGCAUUAGCAUAUCCGUCCGAUUUUUCACUGUCGUCACCUGGUCACUACUACUUAGUCGAUGUAGCAUAUAGGAAUGUUCCUGACUUCAUAUUCCCGAAUAAGAACGUGGGCCCCGAAUCUCCUGCAAAGACCUUGUUCAAUACUCCGCAUUCGCAGUUUCGAAAUGUUAUUGAGCGUCCAUUCGGUGUGCUGAAGAAAAGAUUCAAAAUUUUAAAGGAUCCGGUAGAUUUACAUGAGCACUCAAAUAACUAUAGUCAUUGCUUGUUGUGCGUUGCACAGCUUUUUAAGGAUGCACCAACCAGAAGAUGCCCAUUUUCAAAGGUUCGAAUUAGAGGAUGUGUAUUUAAAUCAAGAGCCAGAAGUAGGUGGGCCAGUACCACAGUCAUUCGCAUUGAACGUAUCUCCUACAGAGCUUGCAGAAUGGAUGGCUAA